AUGUCUGUUGAUUUCAACACUGUCGCAAAUGAAUUCUGCAAGUUCUACUAUCAACAAUUCGAUUCUGAUAGAACUCAAUUAGGAAACUUAUACAGAGACCAAUCAAUGUUGACAUUCGAAACUUCACAAUUGCAAGGUGCCAAGGACAUCGUUGAAAAGUUGGUUUCUUUGCCAUUCCAAAAGGUUGCCCACAGAAUCUCCACUUUGGAUGCUCAACCAGCCUCUGCCAACGGUGACAUUUUGGUCAUGGUCACUGGUGAAUUAUUAAUUGACGAAGAACAGAACCCCCAGCGUUAUUCUCAAGUCUUCCACUUGAACCCAGAUGGAAACUCCUACUACGUUUUCAACGACAUCUUUAGAUUGAACUACUCUUAG